GGGCGGGCUUCGCGACGGCGGCGGGGCUGACGUGGAGGGUCCGGGUUAGCGGGCGCGGCGAACUGCGGGAUUGGGGAGCGACGGGCCGGGCCGGGCCCUGUGGCCCGAAGCGGCGGCGGCGGUAUAAAGCCGGCGACAGGGAGCAUGUAAUGUCGGAAUGCGGAGGCCGCGGCGGCGGCAACAGCAGCAGCAGCAGCGACGACGCCGAGGACGAGGGUGGCGGCGGCGGCGGCGGCGGCUCCGCGGGCGGCGGCUCCGCGGGCUCCGGCUCCUUCAGCCCGGCCCCGGCCGGAGCGUCCUCGGCGGGCCGGCUCCGCCGCGGGCUGCGCGGCGCCUCCCUCAUGGCGCGCCGGCGGCCCGAGCUGCUCUGCGGGGCCGUGGCGCUCGGCUGCGCGCUGCUCGUCGCCCUCAAGUUUACCUGCAGUCGAGCAAAAGAUGUGAUAAUACCAGCAAAGCCACCUGUCAGCUUUUUCUCCUCGAGGUCUCCGGUUCUUGACCUCUUCCAGGGGCAGCUGGACUACGCAGAGCACGUUCGCCGUGAUUCAGAGGUGGUGCUGCUGUUUUUCUACGCUCCGUGGUGUGGACAGUCCAUUGCUGCCAGGUCAGAGAUUGAGCAAGCAGCGAGUCAGCUGUCGGACCAGGUGUUGUUUGUGGCAAUUAACUGUUGGUGGAACCAGGGGAAAUGCAGAAGACAGAAGCAUUUCUUUCAUUUCCCUGUAAUACAUCUGUAUCAUCGGAGUUUUGGACCAGUCGAAUACAAAGGCCCCAUGAGUGCUGUUUACAUUGAGAAGUUUGUCCGCCGGGUGAUGAAACCACUUCUCUACAUCCCAUCUCAAUCAGAGUUACUAGAUUUUCUCUCAAACUACGAGCCUGGAGUCCUCGGGUACUUUGAGUUCAGUGGCUCACCCCAGCCUCCUGGUUAUUUGACCUUCUUCACUUCAGCGUUACUUUCAUUAAAGAAAGAUUACCUAGGAACAGUACGAUUUGGGGUUAUCACAAAUAAACAUCUUGCGAAACUGGUAUCCUUAGUACACUCUGGAAGUGUGUAUUUACAUAGACAUUUCAACACAUCACUUGUCUUUCCCAGGGAGGCCGUCAACUACACGGCGGAGAACAUCCACAAGUGGGCCCUGGAGAACCGAGAGGCGCUCCUCCGCUGGCUGCGUCCACACGGCGGCAAGAGCCUCCUGCUGAACAACGAGCUGAAGAAGGGCCCGGCGCUGCUUGUGUUUCUGCCUUUCAAUCCGUUAGCCGAAAGCCACCCUUUAAUAGACGAGAUCACCGAAGUGGCCUUGGAGUACAACAACUGUCACGGGGACCAGGUGGUCGAGCGGCUCCUUCGGCACCUGCGGCGAGCGGACGCCCCGCUGUUCCGGUCUCUGGCGCCCGAGCCCCCCGCCCGGCUGCCGGACCCGUCGCCGAUAGCGGCGUCCCCCUGCUGCAACACCGUGGUGCUGCCCCAGUGGCGCCCCGUCUCCAGGACCCACAACGUCUGUGAGCUGUGCGUCAACCAGACCGCGGCGGGCCUCGGGCCCAGCUCGGCCGGCGUGCCGCAGUGCAGCUUUUUUGAGAUGGCGGCAGCUCUGGAUUCUUUCUACCUCAAGGAGCGGACCUUUUAUCACGUGGUGUCCCACAGCGUGGAGUGCAGCAACUUUCUCAGCUCCUACAGCCCUUUCAGCUACUACACUGCAUGUUGCAGGACCAUAAACAGGGCCGCGACGGGCUUCGUGGAUUCUGCGCAAGGUGUCUUUGAAACCCCGGCCGUUGCGUUUUCUUCCCUGGAGGAGAAAUGCCACGUUGAGACCCCGGGCUCCCUUCCUCACAUUGAGGAGAACCGCUAUCUCUUUCCUGAGGUGGACGUGAGCAGCACGAACUUCACAGGCCUGAGCUGCAGAACCAACAAGACCCUGAACAUCUACCUUUUGGAUUCGAAUUUAUUUUGGUUGUAUGCAGAGAGGCUGGGGGCUCCGAGCGCCACCCGGGUGAAGGAAUUUGCCACGAUUGUCGAUGUGAGAGAAGAGUCUCACUACGUCCUGGAUCCAAAAGAAGCUCUUAGGAAGUUCACUCUAGAGUCUUUUAUUCAAAACUUCAGCGUUCUCUACAGUCCCUUGAAAAGGCACCUUAUUGGAAGUGAUUCUGCCCAGUUCCCCCCUCAGCAUUUAAUCACGGAAGUGACAACUGAUACCUUUUGGGAAGUGGUCCUUCAAAAACAGGACGUGUUGCUGCUUUAUUACGCACAGUGGUGCGGCUUCUGUCCAUCCCUCAAUCACGUCUUCAUCCAGCUAGCUCGCCUCCUGCCGGCGGACGCUCUCACCGUGGCCCGGAUUGAUGUAUCUCAGAAUGACCUUCCUUGGGAAUUCAUGGUUGACCGUCUCCCUACUAUCUUAUUUUUCCCCUGUAGCAGGAAGGACCGCAGUGUGAAGUACCCCGAAGACCUUCCCAUCACCCUUCCCAAUCUGCUGAGGUUCAUCCUGCAUCACUCGGACCCGGCUUCUUCCCCUCGGAGCCGGGCUGAUCCUCCCACCAAAGAGUGUGUUCAGAGCGAGGCCGUCUUCCAGCAGGGGCACAUCUCCCACUUGGAGAGAGAGAUCCGGAAGCUGAGGGCGGAGAUCGGCGCCCUGCAGCGGGCGCAGGGGCAGGUGGAGGCCCAGCUCUCGAGCGCGCGCAGGGACGGGCACCGGCUGCUGCGGCAGAAGCAGAGCCUGGAGGCGCGCCACGGGCUGCUGCGGCUGCACAGCGAGCAGCUGCGGGCACUGGCCGAGCGCAAGGCCCGCGAGCUCGAGGAGCUGGCCCGCAGGCUGCAGGAGCUGGCCGACGCCUCGCAGGACCUCCUCACCGAGAACGCGUGGCUCAAGAUCCUGGUGGCCACCAUGGGGCGGAAGCUGGAGGGCCGGGACGGAGCGGACGAGCUCGCUCCCCCGCGAGAGGCCCGCCCCAACCGCCCCGAGCCUUCAGGUCCCCCCCGGCUCCCGGGCAGCGCCCCUCCGCCUCCCAACGUCAGCUCCGCGCCGGCGUCCGAAAGGAGCAAUGAGAACAGGACAGGCUGACUUGUAAAACGACACGAAGAAAUCCGAGAAGAAAGCUGUACGUUGGGAAUAUAUUUAUGCAAAUUUUAUUGAAAUUUAUUGUAAAUAAAGAUUUUCUCAGUGGUCUAGAAAA